CCACCAGCUGUCAUCUGUCAAAUUUUUCUCGUGUUUAUAUUUUUUCUAUCAACUAUCAAUUAUAUAUUAAUUUAUAUACUGUGAUACAAUCAAACAAAUAACCUACACAUAUAUCUAUCUAUAAUUUAUCAAUAUCAAUAAUAAAUAUAAAAAUAUAUAAUUAAUUAUAACCUAAAAUUUAUAAGAAUGGAAUCCAAUGAACCGAAUAUUAUUUUCCAUCCAAUGAUUUCAUCAAUUCAAAAAAUUGCGCUCUACGAAACUAAAUCUAGAUUUUAUUUAAUGGGUUCAAAUAAUAAUUUAACACGAUUCCGAGUUUUAAAAAUAGACAGAAUGGAACCAAGAGAAUUGGUAGUCGUUGAUGAUAAAAUGGAAUAUACACACGACGAAAUAGCCGAUCUAGUCACAAUGAUCGAUAUCGGUAAUCGCAGUAGUAACAGUAACAGUAAUAGUAAAUUAAUUGGCCAGAGAAACAAAGCCAGUGGUGUAGCAAGAAUUGUAUCAGCUUUUGGAAUCGUUGAUAAAAAACAACAGUAUAAUUUAAAUUGUCAUAAACCAACUAAAACAAAUUUUAAAUGGAAAUCAACGUGGAACAAGGAUUUAUUUCCUCGUUUAAUAUCUGCUUUUGGUAUUCUUGGUUUCGUAAGAUUUUUAGAAGGCUACUACAUUAUUCUCGUGACAAAACGUCGCAGAGUUGCAGUGAUUGGUCACCAUACGAUUUAUAAAAUAGAAGACACAUCGAUGAUUUACAUUCCCAAUGACACAGUCCGCGUUUUUCAUCCUGACGAGCAACGUUAUGUAAGAAUGUUUCAGAGCAUAGAUCUGAGCAGUAAUUUCUACUUCAGUUACUCCUACGAUCUGACUCAUACUCUGCAGAAUAAUUUAGCGCCGCCAAAACAUAUUUUCAAUAAUAAUAAUAAUAAUAAUAACAAUUUAAAUGGUGAUGGUAAUCAGCACAAAAAAACUGAAAAUCCAGAUAAUAAAAACACUGACGAAGAUGACGAUAAAUUCAUAAAUAUGUGGACGCAGUCGACAUUUAAAAACAAUGACAGAAAAAUAAUUGAUUACGGAGUGCGCAGUAAUCCGAACCGCAGAUUUGUCUGGAAUAAUUAUUUGCUAAGUGCAGUAGAGCGUGACCUGCAUCGUGACUGGAUCCUCUACGUAACCCACGGGUUCAUUGGUCAGUCUAACGUCUGUAUUUUUGGUAAAUCGAUCUACAUAACGCUGAUUGCCCGUCGCAGUAACAAAUACGCGGGCACGCGGUUUUUAAAACGAGGCGCGAAUUCGUCAGGCGAUGUUGCAAAUGAGGUUGAAACAGAGCAAAUAGUUUACGAUUCAGCGGUAAGUUCACUUUAUAGCGGACGUUUUACUUCAUUUGUUCAAAUGCGAGGGUCAGUUCCAGGUAACUGGAGUCAAGAUAUCAGCAAAAUGGUACCCAAGCCAACGAUUUCUUGCGAUUUAGCAGAUCCGUUUUAUGAAAUAGCCGGUGCUCAUUUCAAUAAAUUACUAAAACGCUAUGGUACUCCUACUAUUAUUUUAAGUCUGGUUAAAAAACGCGAGAAGAAAAAACACGAGAGUACAUUAAGUGACGAAUUAACAUCAGCAGUCAGAUAUUUAAAUCAAUUUUUAUCACCUGAAAAUCAGCUGCAGUACGUAAGUUUUGACAUGGCGCGUAUGAAUAAAGGCAAGGAAGCCAAAGUUAUGAGUCGGCUAGCAAAUAUUGCCAACAAUGCUGUGAUAAAAACGGGUAUUUUUCAAUCACAAGUACCCUACUACAGUCAGAAAAAAUUAUUUAUCGACAAUUCUUUGCCUUUGACUAGAAAAUCUCACUGUCAUGAUGACAAUAAUGAGGACCAACCAGUUUAUGAUAAAAUAACAGAGUCGUUUAUAAAACGCGGCACCUUACAAACAGGGAUAAUACGUACGAACUGCGUCGAUUGUCUUGAUCGUACGAACACAGCGCAAUUCGCUAUCGGUAAAUGCGCACUAGGCUAUCAAUUAUGUGCCUUGGGUGUCUUGGACUCAGCAAAACUUGAAUUUGAUUCUGACUGCGUGAGAAUGUUGGAGGAAUUAUAUGAAGAUCAUGGUGACACUUUGGCGCUGCAGUACGGCGGUUCACAAUUGGUCCAUCGUAUAAAAACUUACCGUAAAACCGCACCCUGGACUAGUCAGGGCAAUGAUAUUAUGCAGACACUGAGUCGAUAUUACAGCAACACAUUCAGCGAUCAAGAGAAACAACACACGAUAAAUUUAUUUCUGGGUCUGUUUACUCCGGAAGAAGGUCGCGCGCCGUUGUGGGAAUUAUUGACUGAUUAUUAUUUGCAUCACACCCCGGUUUUGAGGCGGUCUGAUGACCGACGGGGCGCUAAAUCAUUGACCCAGUGGUGGGACAACAAUACGAUCAGGUGUUUGCCGUACGCGUAUGACGACAUCGAGAAGACUUGCUGGGAAAUGGUCCAAGUUGACAACACGCAGGAAGAAAUGAUUGACGUUUAUUCCGAUUAUCAUCGUCCGUAUGAACUGGUACCGCUUUCGGAGAUGUACGCCUACCAAAUAAGCCACUCGAUAAGAGAUUUCAUGCCGCAUUUCACGACAAACUUCAGUCCCUUCGCGGUCCGAGUGAGGCCUGGUAGGAGGAGAGAGGAGACGGGUAACAAGCGCAAUGGUAACAUAAAAAAUCCGUCAAUGACUGGGCAGAGCAGCACGAGCAGCACGGCCUCGAGUGCCAGUUCCAGUGUUGACACCAGUUCUGAUGACGAGGACGACGAUCUUGUGGUCGUACGUCACCAGAGAAGCGAUUUGUCUGCCAGGGAUGCUAAUGAUGUCAGUGUCAGUUCUGUCAGUUUCGAGGCGCUUUUUCCUACGAUGAAAGAAGUCUAUGGAGUGGAGUUGGAAAACCCGAGACGCAGUGACUUGGUUCUGUAUAAGAGGUUUGUUAUGAUUGGACGUAAUGCCGCGGGGUUUAAAGAUCAUUCAACCAGUAUUCAAAAAUCUAAAAUGGUGCAGCAAGCGACGUUUCCGGAUGUUGUUAAUUUUAGUAAAAAACAAGUGGAUUAUUUCAAGCUGCCGAAAGUUGACGACACUAGUGUCAGUAUUUAUGAACAAUAUGUACAAAGAGGAAAGAAUGGCGGUUUUAUUCCAAAUCCCACGGACAUGAUUCUUUAUGAAAAAUAUACUUAUGAAAGUAAACUAUGUCUCGGAAUUUAAAAUAAUUUGUAUAUAUUUAUGUAUAUUUAUGAACUUUUGACGAUUGUAUUUAAU